CGGGCGGGGCGCGGCACGGCGCCGCGGGAUUGGGCGGGCGGGCAGGGGGCUCGCGGCGCGUCGGCGCAUGUGCAGCGCGCGGCGCGGUGGCCGGCUAGGCGCGGGGUGUCAGCGAGCCGCGAGGAGCCGGUGCCCCGGUGCCCGUGUCUGUCCGCCCGCCGGUUCGCCUGCUGCGGGGUUGCAGGUCCGCCCUGCGCGCCGCUAGCGGAGCAUCUCCGACCGCGCACCUGCUCGGAGCACCUGUCCGCCACCCUCCGCCAGGCCCCGCGCCGGGCUCCGCUCGCGCCAGCCGCCCAGGCACCGCGCGGGCCCCGGCCCGGCCCUGCCCCCGCGUCCGCCCCGCGCCGCAGCCGGGCGGGGCGCAGCGCUGCGGAGGCGAGGGCCGCGGGGCCGGGUCCGCGCGGCGCGGCGAUGAUGAACAGGUUCCGAAAGUGGCUGUACAAACCCAAGAGGUCGGACCCGCAGCUGCUUGCCCAGUUCUACUAUGCGGAUGAGGAGCUGAACCAGGUGGCCGCUGAGCUGGACAGUCUGGACGGGCGGAAGGACCCCCAGCGGUGCACGCUGCUUGUCAGCCAGUUCCGCUCCUGCCAGGACAACGUGUUAAACAUCAUUAACCAGAUCAUGGAUGUGUGCAUUCCCCAGGACCGGGCCCCGCGGGAUUUCUGCGUCAAGUUCCCUGAGGAAAUCCGGCACGACAACCUGGCAGGCCAGCUGUGGUUCGGUGCCGAGUGCCUGGCCGCUGGCUCCAUCAUCAUGAACCGUGAGCUGGAGAGCAUGGCCAUGCGCCCACUGGCCAAGGAGCUGACCCGCAGCCUGGAGGACGUGCGGGGUGCCCUCCGAGACCAGGCACUGCGCGACCUCCACACCUACACGGAGAAGAUGCGGGAGGCGCUGAGACACUUCGAUGUCCUGUUUGCUGAGUUCGAGCUGAGCUACGUCUCAGCCAUGGUGCCUGUGAAGUCCCCCAGGGAGUACUACGUGCAGCAGGAGGUCAUCGUGCUGUUCUGUGAGACCGUGGAGAGAGCCCUGGACUUCGGAUACCUGACCCAAGACAUGAUUGACGACUACGAACCGGCCCUCAUGUUCACCAUCCCCAGGUUGGCCAUCGUGUGUGGCCUCGUGGUCUAUGCAGAUGGACCUCUGAACUUGGACCGCAAGGCAGAAGACAUGUCCGAGCUAUUCCGGCCCUUCCACACGCUGCUGCGAAAAAUAAGGGACUUGCUGCAGACCCUGACAGAGGACGAGCUUCACACGCUGGAAAGGAACCUCUGCAUUUCCCAGGACGUGGAGUUCCCCAUCCGGGCAGACACCCCGGUGCCCCCCGCCCUGACACCCGCCUUUCCCUCACCCCUCCCCACCGAGGAGCUGCUCUCAGCCAAGGCCAAGACCCCGGAGGCAGAGCUGGCCUGUUCCAUGCAGUACGACAGCCAGGAGCUAGAGCAGCUCGACCGCAUGGUCCACAGGGCAGGGGAUGAGAUGUCAUCCCUCCUCUCCCCGCCCAGUGCCUGCCAGUCUCCCGCACACCGGCCAGGGGUGGAGAGUAGCCCCCGUGGGGAGGCAUCCCCAGGCAGCGCUCGGCUGCGGCCAGGCAGCGACGAGGAAGAAGGAAGGGUGUUCUUCAUGGAUGAUGUGGAGGGGGCUGCCGAGGCCCCAGGAGGCCCAUCUGGAUGGGCAGGCAGUGCCCGCACUGACCCCCAGGAGAGAGGGCCAGGCGGAGGGCAGGGAGAGGCCAGGGGUAGCGGUCCCUCUGAGGCAGAGGAGGGGGACAUGAGCAAUAACAACGAUGUCCCUCAUGACAAGAUGUGGGCGCUGGGUCCCAACUCCUGCAGCUGCCUGGAUGCGCAGCCGCACCUGGAUGGCUGGGAGGGGGGUGGGGACGCUGCGCAGACGGCUGAGAUGAUUGCCCACCGGACCGGGGGCAUGAAACUCUCAGCUACCGUCAUCUUCAAUCCCAAAUCAACCCCUGUAGGGGGCUCUGCCGUCACCACCCCGGAAGCCUCUGAAGACGGCAUCUCCCUGUCGGGGCCUGUGGCCCAGGGGACACACAGUGGCUCCCACAAACUCAGUACUGCGGCCACCAGCUGCCUCCUUAACUCCUGCGUGUGCUGUGGGGGCUGUGGCGGCGGCAGGGAGGAUGGCGCCGCCCAGAGUCUACAUGACAAGUGUGGCCCCAGAAGUGUCAUUAGCGCCUCUUACGUCGGCUCUGCCAAGGCCAGCGCCAAGGGCUCUGCUGAGAGAUGGGAGGAGGCCCGGCCUGUGCCGGAGGCAUUGCCCUCAGAGGACGCCUCUACUUCCAAGUGCCUGACACACACCUCGGGGUCUCAGCUGGACACAGUGGACAAGUCACCUGGAGAGGCCAAUGGUGCAAGUCCAAAAAGGGAGCUUCAGGCUGGACCGCCGGAUUCGGGGCAGCCGUCGAAGGCCAGGGUGGAAAGUCUGCAGGGAGAGGCGGCCGAGGAAGAGCCUCAGCGCCUGUCAGACUCCAGGGCCUCACCCUGCAGACACUCUUGCGUGCCCUGCUCUCCUGGCCUUCUAGCCUGGAGGCUGGGCCAUUGUAGUUUUUGGAGGUGGGCUCCCUGUCCCGUCCAGGCGCGUGACCCCCAUGGGGCUGAGCCAGCGUGCCCUCAGGCAGGUCUUGCUGCUGGCCGUGGGGUUGUGCCAGACUCUGCUGCUCCAGACGGUGCAAACAUCUUCUAUUUCUGAUAAAGCUGUUUUUGAGAUGCAAGCCCAGCUUCCUCGGCCAUGUCCAGAGGAAUGAACUAUUGUCACAAGCUGCUGGAUGGCUUUCUUCCUCGGGAUCCCCCACAGAGUUGAUUAUUGGUAAGUGAAUCAUUCUUCUGCAAGGAUGAUAGGAAAUCAUCAGAAAUUCUUCGACAGGUAUGUGGCUUUUUCAGUUUUUGACCUGCCUCCCUUCUCUGGUCCAGCCGGUGGACACCUACUCUGUCUCCUGCUCUCCCAGCAUUUCCCACGGUGGACACUGCUUGUUUGCAUCACGAAGAUGACUUCCCGGGCCCUAUCCAGCUUUGCUCAAACACUGAAGCUGACCUGAGGAAAGGAAAGGGAAGCCCCUCUGUCGCCUUGUGACAGCCCCACCUUCUUGGGGAGCUUCCAGAAGGUGCAGAGGGCCUGAGGAGGGAGGAAUGUGGCAGGUGGCUGGUGAUCAGGACAGCCAUGCGUCUGGGCCAGGACCUCGGACAGCGGUGGCCCCCCACCCCACGCCAAGGGCAGCGAGAACCGGGUCAGCUGGGUGUUGUUAGCAUGUGGUGCCCGUGGUCUGCCAGCUGCAAACACAUCAGGAUCAUCACUCCCUUGGGUCACAGGCUGACCUCAUGGAGUGUGAUCUAACGCUAGUGCGGGCGUGACAGAGCAGGGAGACCCUUAACAUGGACAGACACAAAAGACCAGUUUCCCGCAGGCGGAAAGUUUGCCGAGAUUCCAGCAUGGAGAUUCCUGGAUGUCUGGGGUGCUGCUGCCCUCACGAUGUCUAGAGGCUUCACGACAGAGACCACAGGGCUCAAGUGCACGGGCAGGGGCUCAUUCCUCCCGUUCUGCAGACAGAGAGGCCAGUGUCCUGGAGAGGCAGCUAGCCUGUAGCUCCCUGCCUGUCUGCUGGCUUGCAGGGGCUGCCGCAGCCCCAGGGGCUGGCGAGUGGCCAGAGGAGGGAGCAGCGGGCAUGGUGCUAGGCUUGCAAAAGCUCCCAGCCCCGUGGUCUGGCCAGGAGGUCACUCAGGGGCAGCCUCACUCCUCUGGGAGCUACAUAGAGCUGGCCCAGGCAGGAAGCACACGGAGCUGCGUCUCCCUGAGGACACAGGGAGCGAAUGCCCCGGUGAAGCAGAAGCCUGGUGGAAGGACGGGGCAUUGGGGUUCUGUGCCAGGCUAGCCAGAGGGUCUGGGCCAGAGAAGCGCCUUCUGGGGCGUUCCCCCAGGCCCUACGUUCAACCCCCUGCAACACGGGCCAAUUCCAUCAGUGCCAUUUCCAGGGUGCUGGGUCAUGACCCCCAGCAGAGACCUUGGCAGAAUGUUCUGGAACCAUGCAUCCCUCAGCUCUUUUUACUGGCUUCUCUCCUACCUUUUCAGGAAAACUUAAGAUCUUUUUAAAGGGAAAGUUAGCAUUUUUCAAGAGCUUGUUGUUCCCUGUCUAGACUUAACUCACUGUUCCAGAAGCUUCCAUGCUCUUGAAGCCUGAAUAAGCCACUUGUCUACAGCACGGAAGCUCAGCCUUCCUCAAAUCUGUUUUUGCUCUUUCCUAGGACAUUUGACUAGAGCAUCUCCAUCCUGUUGCUUCUUUUAAAAAAUUCCACGGGCUCACUUUUUUCUUAUAAUAAACAUGGCCCCGUUCAUUGUAGAGACUUUGAAAACAAAAGAAGAAAAACAAAAGGAAAUAAAAAUUACCCCGAAUCCUAUGAGCAGUUUUAGUUUUUUCACGACGUUAUGAUCAUUUCUCUGGAAAGUGCUUGAAAAACACUAUUUCCGUUGAAUUCUACUAUAUCCUAAGGACAUAAGGACAUACCUAGUUUAUUCUGUUUUCCCACAUCCGUGUGUCUUUUUGUGUUGAGCUGGCCCUGUGGCCCUUCUGCCUUAGGGAUCUGUGUCUGCCCCUGGGGUUAAGUCUUCAGAGUAGAUUCUUGGUAGGGUCACCACGCCAAAGAUGUAGAAAGUCUGUGGUGUCUUCCUGCCCCUUGCCGCCAUAUAUGGUUAGAUCGCUCUCCAGAUAUGCGCCGAUGUACCAAUUUGUUGCAGCAGGUGCCCCUCCCCCACGUUGAGACUUGAGAGUGAAACACGAAUCCCUGGGUAUGGUAGUUGGCUUUCCUCUGACGGUUGGUACCCCCCGCGCUUCUUCCUUAUCCGUGUGUGAAGCGACUGCUCCUGUUUUCCAGCUGGGUUUUCAUGACUUGUUUACUGAUUUGAAAGCGUUCCUUCUGUCUGGUGUGUCUGCUGGGGACAGAUGUACCCCGCGUGCUCCUUGCCCACCGAUUCCAUGUAUUGAUGUCCUUUGAUUUAUAGAAGCCUUAUAUAGAAGUUAUAUUUAUGAAAAUUCCAGAGAAGCCUUGUGGUUCUCGCUUUGCUUAUUUUCUCUGGCUGGUUGUGCACCUCCCAACCACCCUCGCCCCCAGGCCAGGGCAUCGUCUCCUCUCUGGCUCCUGCCCUGUGGCUUGCUUCGUUCCACCGCUAACUCUGACCCAGUUUCGGAGGUCCAGGGGUCCUGCUUUCCGAGACCAUCUCUGAGCACUGGAGAGAGCAUGACCAUCAGGGCUGAUGGCCAUCCUGAUGCUCAGGCAGGGUCGCUCCCCUGUCCCACCGUGGAGGCCUGCUCUGCAGGAUUCGUUCUCCAGCUGCGUUCGUGAAUUUGGCUGGCGGUCCUCCUGCAUCUCCCUCAUGCAGCUGGUGGGCCUCCCCGGCUGUCAUUUGGGGUCGAAUGUUAAGAAUCUGGGAGGGCUGUCCUCGGCACAGGCUUCUGAGCCUCUGUCCUAAACAGGCGAUGUGUGCUCUGACCCAGUGUUCCGUCCCUGCAGAGGGGAACAGCUGGCACGCCUCCCCUGUUGUACCCCUCACCUGUCUGGGUAGUGGUGUCAGAGGCCCCACUUCCCCGCACCUGCAGAGGCAGUGGGAGGCUGUGUCCAAGGGGGGGAGGGCACCUGUGGCUGGAUGCUUGACCUCAGCCUCCCUGAGCCUCUGUUUUGUCGGCCGCAAAAUGGGCCAACAACGGUCGCCAGCUCAGGUGCGUCUGGGGGAGAUGCUGAGAAGCUAUGGAACGUUGCUCCUGGUUGUUACAUUUCGUUUUCCUUGUUGUUACUCAUUUUCAUUACUCCCUGUUCCUCACCCAUUAUUUCCUCAGUGCAUGGCUCAGGGGUGUUACUGUUCCUUGCUGUCUUGCUGUCGAAUCUUGGCUUUCCCUCCCCAUUGCAUCACCGGAUUUCACUGUUUCCAGCCUCGUUCCCACUCUGCACGGGUGGCGUGACCACUGGUAGGGUGACUUGCAGCCCUGGGAGGGACUGUCCCAAGCUGAUGGGCUGUGGACAACUCUGGCCUCCAGCCCCACCUCUGCCUGAUCUUGAGUCUCCCCUGGCUCCUUUUCCAGUUGAUGCCUUGCCUUUCUCUGUACUGUGGCUCUGUCAUGGCCCCCGCCCCGCUGCAACUGAGCUCCUCUGUCUGUUGCCGGGGUUGGGACCCAGGUUCAGGGGCGUCGGGCCCUGGGGAUGCCCAGGGUCCAGCCCCCCGCCGGUAUCCUGUGUUUCCUGGAGGCCCCUGGGCCCCAGUGACCCACCUCCCCAGAAGGAGGGAACCAUUUGACAUCGCUGUCUGAGAUCCCGUGGACCCUGGCCCUGCCUCCGUGGCCAGCCCAGGGAAGGGCGGCAUGUGGCUGCACAGACCGAGCUUCCUCCAGAAGCAUGUGGUGAGUGGGGAGGCCUCUGUCACGUGGAAACCUUCCCCAGAGGCAAGGCCUCCAUCACGUGGAAAACUUCCCCAGAAGUGGCUCUUCUGAUGUGCCGUGUGCAUGCCUCCCCCCGACAGCUUUCCCUCUAGCAGAUGGAUUCAGGCCAGCUCCUCUGUGCUGGGAUCAGCCCUGCCCCUGGUAUCUUCUGGCCACCAUGACCAGCAAGGCGUGAGUCCCUUCCCAGUAUAUGAUCCAUAGCCUUAACUCCUGGUGCUGGUGGUGGGGCUGGUUGGAGCUGCCCCAGGGAUCGAGUCCUGAGCCAACACCUUCAAAAGGACGGGGGUGUGGGUCAGGCAUGGGAGCAUAAAGGACUGUGCUGGCUGGGCCAGUUGACCACUCGAUGACCUGAGAUGCGGAGGAGCGGUUUCCCGGCUGGGCCCGCCUGCCCCGUGGCUGGUUCUUCCUGGGGGCUUGGCAGAAGAGCAGCUCCAGGAUGUGAUGGGGGGCAGGACUACCCCAACCUCUCUCUGGCAGCUGUGGGACCCUGGGCUUGUGUCCACCCCAUCGGGACACACCCAUCAUUGCCCAGAGCUGUUCUGGGGCCGGACUGCUGGAUGUAGGCCCUGCUGCUGCAGCCUUCAGUCCCUGGGGCAAGUGUCUCCGCCACUGUGCAAAGAACGCUGAGCUCUCCCACCAUGUCCGGUCCCUGGAAGGAAAAGCAAGAAUGAUUGAGCAGGUUAAAAAUAGAGAAGGACUUGGAAUUAAUUUGACUCUUGAAAAGCAGAUGAGACGUGUUGACUGUUAGCAAGUACACAGCCGACCUUGGGCGGGCCGGGAGCUGAGCGCAGGCAUGCGGUCAGAGGGCAAGUCAGGGCCGGGCUCUCACCUGAGCCCCUCACAGGCACCCCCCACGCACACUGCAGCAAGCACAGUGACUAAGGCCCAGAUCGCUAGAACCUCACAGGCCCGCUACAACCCUGUAAGGCCAUGGGGUAGGCCCGCACACGGUAAGCAUUUGGGCAGGGGUCCUGGGAAGGGUGCUGCCCUUCUUGUUGACAGACCUCCCCAGUGUUAGGGUCCUUAUUACUAUCUCCCAGCCAGGGGUGGAGCUGGCCUGGCUGAGGGGUGGCCGUGACUACCUGGUGAGUGGGCACCCAGGACAGCUCCGUCCUGGCCUCUGCCCCCUGGUGACCCUACCUAGCAUGACCUUAAAAGGCCCCCCUCAUUCCAGAGAGCUCCUUCCUCCAGGCUGGCUGCCUCCCUGCACCCCAGACUUCUCAAGUCCUCCCACCCUACUGCUCUCUCCGCCUUCACCAUCGUCAGUGCAUGACUGGGCCCCUCCCUCUCUUUCCUCCACCGACCCCACCUGUCCUUCCACUGGUGCCUGCAUAAGAUGGAGAGUGACAGGUGGAGUCUGAGGCAGCUCCUGCAGUUGGAGCAAUCAGGGGAGGCCUCCCUGGGGCGGGGACAUCCCCAAGACCUGAAUGGAAGGCCUGGGAGAGGGGAGAUGUUCCCCAGGCCCUAGGUCCAGCAAAGGUCAAGGUGCCAGGUGUUCUAACCCGGGCUGUUCCGACGGUGUGAAGUAGUGUCCACCGCAGUUCCAGUCAGCAUGCCCUUGAGGACCAGUGACACUGAACGUCUUUUCAUGUGUUCGUUUGCCAUCAGCCUGCCUUCUUUGGUCAAACGUCUACUCUAUUAAAAUCUUUUGCUGUUUCUUUCAUUUGGUUGUUUCCUUAUUGAGUUUUGAGAGUUCUUCGUUCAUUUGGGGGUUCUUUAUCAGAUAUAAUUUGCAAAUAUUUUCUCCCAGUCUGUGGAUUGUCUUCUCAUUCUGAGUAUCUUUUGAAGAAUAGAAGUCCUUAAUUUUUAUGAAGUCCACAGUUUGUCAACUUCCUUCUUUCGUGGAUUGCAAUUUUGCUGUCAUAGCUAAGAAUUAUUUUUAUAACCCCAAAUCACAAAGGUUUCUCUUCUAGAAGGCUUAUACUUUUUGUUUUGCAUUGAGGUCUGUAAUCCAUUUGGGGCUAACUUUGUAUAUGAUGUGAGGUAUGGAUCAAAGUUUUAUUUUGUUUUGCAUAAGGGAAAACAAUUGUUUCAGCACAAUUUUUUGAAAAAGCCUAUCCCUUCUCUACUGAAUUUCUCUUCCUCAGGUCAGUCAGCCACAUGCAUGUGGCUUUAUUUCUGGACUCACUAGUCUGUCUCAUUGAUCUGUCUGCAGAGACACCAAUACCACACUGUCUUGAUUAUGGUAGCUUUAUAAUGAACCUUAAAAUCAGGUAGUAUAAAUCUACAACUUCUUUUUCAAAGUCUGUUUUGCUUUUGCUGUGUCCUCUAUAUUUUUUUACGUGAAUUUUAGAACCAAGUUGUCAAUUUAUAUGAAAAACAAAAGCAAAACCAAAAACAAAGCCUACUAGGUCUUUGGAAUUUUGUUGAAUCUACAGAUCAACUGGGGAAGAAUUAACCCCUUAAUAAUAUCAAGUCUUCCGACUCAUGAACAUAGUACACCCCUCCUUUUGGUUAGGUUUUUAAUUUUCACAGCAAAGUCUCACAGUUUUUAUUGUAGAAGUCUUGCCCAUCUUUUGUCAGGUCAGAUUAAUCUCUAAGUAUUGUACAUUUUUGAUGCUAUCAUAAAUGAUAUUAUCUUGUAAUUUUGAUUUCCAGUCAUUGACGGCUAAUAUAGGGAGAUGUAUCUGAGGGCUGUAUACCAGUGUCGUCUCUUGUGACUUUGCUGUACUCCCUUCAUUACUUAUAAAGGUUCUUACAAAGAUUCAUCAGACUUCCUAUGGAUGAUGCUGUCACCUGUGAAAAAAGCCAAUUUUAUGUCUCCUUUUCCAUUGGAUGUGGUUUACUUCUUUUUCUUGCAUGUUUGCCCUAACAAGGACCUCUACUACAAUGUUGACUAGAAAUGUUGACACGGGAUGUUUUUGCCUUAUUCUUGAUCUCAGAAGGAAAGCAUUUACUAUCCACUGUUGGCUGUAGGAUUUUCAUAGUGCUCUUAAUCAGGUUCAGGAAGUUCUCCUUUAUCCCCAGUUUGCUGAGAGUUUUUAUCAAGAAUAGAUGGCUUUUCUGAAAUGCUUUUUCUCCAUCUUUUGUGAUUGUAUCAUUAUCUUUUAGCCUGCUAAUGCGAUAAAUGGCAUUGAUUGAUACUCAGAUGUUAAGUUAACCUAACAUUCCUGGGAACCUUACUUGGCCACUAGGUAUCCUUUUCAUGUGCUGUUGGCUUUGAUUUACUAAAAUUUUGUUAAGAAUUUUGCAUCUGGUGGUGAGGAAUGUCAGACAGCAGUUUUCUUUUCUCUUUUCUUUUCUCAGCAAAGCUGAGAUCCUGGGGUGAGUUGGGGAGCAGUCCCACUUCUUCAAUUUUCUAGAAGAAUAUGUAGAGAAUAGGUACUAUUUUUGCCUUGAAUAUUAGUUAGAAUUCACCAGGGAAGCCAUCUGGGCCUAGAGUUUUCAUGGGAAAGUUUUUAACUAUUAUUUCAGUUUCUUCACUAGACAUAGAUUUGUUCAACUACCCAUUUCUUAUUUGGUGAGUGGAAGAGCUUAUUCACAUAAUCCUGGGUCCCUGCUCCGUCCUCUUGACUUCCCCUCAGACAGGCUUAUGCCAGACAGCUGGGUGAUGGGGUGAGGGGUCCCUAUGCUCCUGGUCUCUGGGGUCCAGGCCACCUGCCCCAGUCCCUGCCCCGUGGCUGGUUCCUUGCACCCUGACCAGUGUCAGUUUUCUAGGUGAUCUCCGCACUCUUCUGCCUCUGGUCCUUGCUUGUUCUUUGGGUCACCAUCCCCUCCCUGUCUGCGAUGCCAUUCCUCCCAUCCCUGCUACACCAUGUCACUGUGUGCCUUUGAUGAAACUCAUGGGGUGCUUUGCCCAGUGGCCUGUGGGGCACCGCGGCUGCAUGUCCUUGCCAUCCUUGUUUCACAGAUUUGAAACAGGCACUCAGAGCCCUUCAGUGGGGGGAAGUCCUUCUCAUUUGUCUGGCUCUGUUUUGGGGGCCAACUGCAGAACCCUGGGCCUAUCCCCAGAGUUCAGCCUCGAGUCUCAGGUCUGUGAUGUAGUCCAUCUUCCUGGCUCCCACACACCUCCCUUAGGCUGGAGGGUGUGACUCGGGGUCCUUGGCUGGGAGAAGCACACCUGCCCUAGCUUGAGUGAAAAUGAGGGGCCGCCAAGAGUUGGAAGGCAGCCGGCCACAGCAGGAUACCCUGAGAUUUGGAAGGGGACACCGGGGCUCACGUCCAAUCUCCCACAUCCUGGGCUCUGUCCUUCAGACUCCUGCCCCUGCCAGGGACCUCUUCUGGCCCCUGCUCCUCAGCAUGGUGUGGCAGCUGUCCAGCCCAUCUCUCAGGCACAGCCAGAGCUGGUCCCCUGUAGCAGGGCCCAUGCCCGCAUCCCAGCCUGUGUGUACCAUGUGGCUAUUCGUGGCUGUGGGGGCCACCCUGCCAGACUCUGCAGCUCCUCCCAAUGCCCUGCAGCCCCAGCUUUGGGAGGUGUCUCCUAGGGGCUGUUGGGGACAGAGCUGUCAUCUCACAAGUGGACAAAGCUGGACAUGAUGGUGUGCCAGUGUCUGGGGACACAUGGGACCCACCAGGGCAUCUGUAGGAGAAACGGAGAGUCACCAUGGCAACGUGGGAGGCAGCAAGGCAUCAGGUGCUCCCCAGCCUGGGAGGAGGACAUGCACCCUGUUUCACAGACCCUCUUUGGGUCCCAGCAGGCUUGGGGUGACUCCAGACACGAUGGACCUGCAUGUUGCCGGGCUCUCCAUCCCUCUGGACUCUAGGGAGACUGGCCUGGGGGGGCCUGUGUCUAGGGAAGUGACUCUGAGGGACCCAGGCACACCACUCUGGCCACGGCCACCCCGUCUGUCAGUCGUUGGGCUAGGAGGGCUCAGCGAGGGCCAGGGGCACCGGGCAGUGGGUCUAUUGUGUGCCCUCCUUAUUUGGGGAAACCACUAGUCCCUUAAACUUCUUCAGUCCUCGGGGCUCUGCAGCACAUCCUUUAGUGAUGAGGGGUUCACCAAGGCUUCCUGGCUGUCCCCCACAAGUGUUGCAGGACACUUGAACUCCUGUGUCCUUCUGGAUGGAUAUUAUCCAUAGUGAUGACCAGAAGAUAUUUCCAGGAAACCUGAUCCCAGAGCGUGCACCCCCCCAUGGUUGUGAUGGCCUGCCCCUGCCCCCAAGGGCCCAUGUCUAAGUCCUGGCCCUCAUCCCGGCCAGGGGGGACCAGACCCCUUCCCAGUGGUGUCGGGCAGCCUCACUCCUCCCCAGAACUGGCAGGGAGGGAGCAGUAACCCUGGAACCAGGAUGGGGAAGCAGGUGGGCUUUAGCCUGGUGGACUGGGGCGUCUCCCCACACAAGGGUCUCUCUUAAACAUGCACACACCUGGGAUCUCAGUUUUAAACCUUUUCACAUAAGAGUAAAACACAACAGGAUUCAUCGUUAAAGGAAUGCACAGAUAAACAGACAAAUAACUGAGAUCUUUCGAAAAAAACGAGGCUGCAGAGUGACUGGUUCUUGAGGUGGGUUUGAAGGGCAAGCGGAGUCAGGCCUGGCUGCCAGUGGGGUCACAGCCAGUCACGGCGGGUGCACAGUGGGGCACAGCUGGCUGGGCCAUAGUGUGCGACCUCACAGGAGACGCCGGAAGGCAGCUUGGGGCAGGGAGGUUGUGCGGGGUGUGUGAGGUGGCUCCUGGUCACUGUCGACCCUCAGUCCUGUCCCUCUGUCCCUGCCGGGUAACUUUGGAGGAGCGUUUGGUCUCGACAUCGUGGCCUGGGGUGGGCACUGUGCCCGUUCUGAAUGUGUGCUCACACGCGUGCACACGCGUUCUCAGGGACAUGCACGUGCACACACAGAUGUUCUCAUUCUCACACUGGCACAUUCAGACUCGCUAGAGCACAUUCACACACACACACACGCACAUGCACACACGCGCACACACACACACACACACCUCUGCACUCAAGCCCCCCAUAGGAGAUUCGGUGGGUAGGGACCCCCCCUCCCCACUGGCAGGGCCCCAGGAUGCUGAGGGGAGCAAAACUGUGCCCUGGGCCCCAGCUCUCAAGGCAGAGGAGGUAGAAGACUUACCUCCUACCCUAAGGGCCAGGUGGCCUUAUGCCCCCCUGCCUUCCGCCCACCUCCAGCCCCGCCCUGCGUGCUGGAACAUGACUCUCACACAUGCUCUUCCCCACUCCGUGCUCCUGUGGCCACCGCACAAAUUGUGGGAAGAACGCAGCAGACAAACACGUCCUGGCAGGGUGAUUUCCCUAGAGGUUUAAACACUGAUUAUGAGCUUAGACUCCCUUGAACUGUUCGAGCCAUAAUUAUGUGUUUCGUGGGACUGCCUCUCCAGAAUGCCUGGCAAGCUCCAGUGGGCUUCGUUGGCGGGAACCAGCCAUGUCCUUGGAGCCUGGACAGUGCUGCCUCUGGCCACCACUCUCGUAUGUGCCCUGAUGCCCUCCACAUGUGGUUGGCCUUCUCUCCCUGGACCCAUCGGUGGUGAUUCUACCGUGCAUUCUGUCUAUAGGAACAGUUUCUGGGCCCAGCAGAGCAGAGAUGGACCUGGGGUUGGAUUGCCGGUUCUGUGCCCAGAAUGGUUUCCCCGGGGAAGCAGGACCAAACUAGGGCACACUGGGCUUCAAACAACAGGAAGAUCCCACGUCCCAGUUCUGGAGGCCAGAAGUCUGAAAUCGGGCCAUGCUCCUUCUGGAGGCUCCAGGGGAAGGGCCUUAUCUCCUGACCUGGCUCCUGGGACUCCCAGCACUCACGGCCAUGUGGCCUUGUCCCUCGGUCUCCCCUCUGUCCACACACAGCCUCCUCUCCUUCUGUCUCCUCUGCUCCUCUUUAGUGGGACCCUUGUCGUUGGAUUUAGAGCCUGUCCAGGCAAUCCAGUCUCAGGUCCUAGGGGUUUGGGGUGGGCACAUCUUUUGGGGGCUCUCCCACUCCUCCUUCAUGGUGGGGGGCGGGGAGCAUUCCAAAGCUGUGAGGCGUGAGGAGGCUCUGCUGGUGGCUCCUUUCCCUGAACCCCAUCUAGUGUUCCAGACAGAAAGCGUUCAUUCCCACGGGGAGCCCUCUUCUCGUUCUCCCCCCAUCUAAUGAACUCAAACUCUUUGUCCAACAGGUAAAGAUUGAGAGGUUAGUGAGGAGCAGGAGCGGGUGGGGCUGCCUUCAAUGUUGGGCGUGCAGAACAGAAGAGAGGGUGCUGCUGGGCCAGCCUUGCAUUCUCCCAGAGUAAGACAGAGUCAGCACACACAUGCUAAGUCAGGGCGCUGAGUGUCCCAAGUUGCACAAUGCAGGGUAGGGACAGGAAAAGAGCUGUUGGGGGCAGGGGUCCUGCUUGUGGUCAAGGAAAGGACUUCCAGCAGAGCAUACCAAAUAGAGUGUCUGGGUCUGGGCCCAGUGACAUCUAUGCAAAGGCCCUGUGGCCAAGAGUGUGUUUGGCUUCUCUGAGACAGCAAGGAGGAAGUCUGAGAAGCAUAAGUAAGUGGCAGGUAUGGGAAGGGAGGUUGACAGAGAGGGGUCCAGAUUCUGCCAGGGCCUGUAACCUUCAGUAAGGAUUUUUGCUUUUUCUUGGACUGGAAAGCAGGGGUGGAAGAUUGCAACAGAGGAGGGACAUGUUCUAACUUCUGUUUGAAAAGAUUCUUUGUUCUGGGCCUUCGGUAAUCUUGGUAGGAGCUGCAGCUCCUCAGGGUGUCCCCUGGCAUGUCCAGGGGCGUUUAGGCCUGCCAAGUCCUGGGUACUGAGCUCCUCUGAGGCCUCAGGUUCGUCCUGCCUCUGUGAGUCUGCCAGGCCCCACCCUGUGGGCAUGCUGAGCUGGGCAGGGCUCUGCAGGAGCCCUGGGGCCUGGUCUCCGGACAGUCCCCACGCUGUCAGCCUGCUGGCUGGGCAGUACGUGGGGAAACGGGGUCCCCCUGUAGAUGUGAGUGCCCUUCUGCCUUCAGCCUAUAUGGUGUCCACAGAGGGUCCAGUGCCCGCCGUUUGCUAGCACUCUGUCUAGUGACUACCUGUGGACAAUCAACACCCUUUUGAAGGGGUGGCCCUGGGCAGUGCCCAAACAAUGGCCAUCCCUCAGGGCAGAGCAGACCCAGACAAGACCCCAGCUCAGGUCCCAGCUGAGAUCCCGCUUCUAGUUCCGGUGGUCUCUUCCUUUGCUCCCCUCAGCCCUUCGAAGCCGACUGCCUGCCUAGGAUCUGCCUCUGUGUGGAGUUUGGUGUCUCUCUCCGCUGACCCCCCGACCCCCGCUUGGCCAGAGUCUCAGGCUCCAUGGCCUCCAUUGUCUGUGGCAUCAGAGAGCUUCGGUGUGCAGGCCACUGCUCCAGUCUCCGGGAAGACAUCCCAGCCUCUGGGGUGCCAAACUGUGGGGCUGGGGCUGCAGAGCUAAACCCUAGGGGCACCCACUCAGUGGCUGACUCGCGCCACAGGCAGAACUGUGGUGCCAUCUGCUGCCAGACGCGCUGCCUUUCUCCCCAAAGUCACAUGUGUUCUGAUGACAAAAGUAACCCUUGCUCACAGAAGACACUUGGGGAAAAGACAAACUUCUUCAUAGUCCCGCUUCUCAGAUAAACUUGGUGGUAAUGACAGGAUGGUCUUCCCUAUGUCUCACCAGGCACAUACAAGGUCUUUAACUUUAGAAUUCGACCUUUUUCACUUAAUCUGUCAACACUUCUAGCUUCUGUCCUUCUACAAAGUGGAGAUUGUGUGGAUGGGACCUAGUUUGUUGAGCCAACCCACUGCUGAUGGACAUUUACCUUAUGAGCUGUUUCCUGAAUAGGAGUUUGCGACGUGAUUACAAGAAAAACAUUCCUUUAUUUUUUGAAGUGUACACUUGACUGGUUCUUAGCAUGUUCGCAGCUAUUCACACAUUUUUGUCAUCCGAUAAAAAAACCCCCGCCGUGUCCCUGAGCAGCGGUUCCCUCUCCCCGCCGCCAGCCCCGCCUUCUGUUUCUAUCCAUCUGCCUGCCCUAGACAUUUCAGAUAAACAGAGUCACACACUGUGACGUUUCGUGAGUCGCUGGGUCACAGCUUCCUGUCUUCCCACUUCCUCCUGAUCGUGCUGCACACGCGGCUCUCUUCCUUCUACAGCUAAAUAGUGCUUCCCCGUGCGGAAGGACCACGGGUGUUUGCCGGCUUCUCUGUUGAUCUAUGCUUGGCUUGUACCCACCAUGGGGCUCUUGAAAAUAGUGCCGCUGUGAACACCUGUGAGCCGUGUUUAUUUGGGUCCCUGCUCCCAAAUCUUCUGGGCAGAGCUGUCACUGACUCCGGGGAUCCUGAGUGGCAGCAGACAUUGCCCACCGUGAAGUCCCCACCCCCUUACCUUGCGUGACUCCCUCUCCUCGGGGGCCCCGUCCGCAGAAACCGUGCAGCUCAGGAGGAGACAGCCGUGGUUCGUCAUCUGGGUCCCAGCAGAGCAGUGGCACGUCCAGCCCACCGCCUGCUGGCCGUGGCCGCUCCACGCUCCAGGGAAACACUUAAAGCUUGUUAACAAAUGUUCGUCAUGUUCGAGGGCACUGGGCUGGAGGAAGGGGGCCCGUGGAGCCCUGGGGCCCUGUUCAGGCCUGUGUCCCUCUUCUGUGGCUGGAGGCGUCUGUGCUUCUCCAUGG